AAUUUUUAAUACAAUUAUGCAGUGAUAAAUGAUAAUUCCGCGAUGAUAAUAAUGAUAUUUUAAUGUUUUUGUAAUCCUACUAGAAAAUACUCAAUACUUCUCCAGUAAUCCGAAUAUAAUUAUCGCCUUACGUUAUAAUUGCGUUGACUGACACCCUUUAAAAAGACUUGUUAAAACAUAUAAUAACAAAAUUAACGUGUAAUAAUGCAUGCAUUAAUGAAUCAUUAUUUUAGUAAAUAAGGCUGAAGUUGCGAAGUAGGGGACGUUUAAUAAUUAUCAUUAUGGUGUGAACAGUCAUUACAAAGCAAUUCAAAAUGGUGUGCGAAAAUCCGGCUUUUAAUUUCAAUUUUUGGAAUGAGAUCAACCAUGAUUCUGUUGUAGAAGUCACUUGUUUAAUGCCCAAUAGUAUUUCAAUACCAUUAACAGUUUCAACGAGCACAUCUUUGCACGAGUUAAAAGAGGAAUUAUGGGAAGAGGCAGUCAAAUAUCCCUUGCACGGUAUGUUGCACGACUCAAGCAGUUACAGUAUAUCUUAUGUCAAUGCUAUGGCCCAACGAGAAAUGCUUGUGGACGAGAAUAAGAGACUGUGUGAUGUACGACCAUUUUUAGCAGUCCUCAACAUUGUAGAACGUCAAGAAGAUAAAGCAGACAAUGUACUUAAUGCCCAAAUAAGUAAUCUUAUUGGGAAAGGUCUAAUGGAAUUUGAUUCAUUGAAAAGUUCAGAAGUAAAUCAGUUUCGUGGAAAAAUGAAAGCAUUAGCUGAUCAAAUGCAAGCUAAUCGAAGACGACAAAGUUGGUUAGAACGACUUUUGUAUCAAUUUGCACCACGCUUAGCAGCUUCUACUUUAUCUUCUAAUGUCUUGCCUACUACAGUAACAAGGAGGCUAAGAGAUGAUAAUUUUUCAGUUGUAAUAAAAUUUGAUAGCACGGAGACUACAUUUACAUUUAAUGUGGGUCUUACAACGACACCUGAUCAACUGAUGAUGCAAAUACUAAAUAAACGUGCAAUGACAUUAAAAACUAGAAAUGAAAAGUGUUCGGAUUUUACUCUAAAAGUUUGUGGCCGAGAAGAAUACAUUGUUGGUUUACAUCCUUUAAUAGAUUUUGCCUAUAUACAAGAUAGUCUGUCUCAAGAUCUCAACCCAAUUUUGAUUGCUGUUUCCAAGUUUAAUGUUCCAGUUCCAGAAGAAGUUAACAAAGACCAGACUGAAUACAUUGAGCAAAAUAAGACUCGUACUACAUUAACAUUACGUAAAAAGACUAAACACAAAUUGUCAUUUGAUAUUGACGAACAAUUUAAGUUCAAAGUGAACUAUAUUAGUAAAUUAAACUGUGAUGUUACCAGAACUGUUGAAGUUGGAAUCGAAGCGGCUUUGUUUCACGGGGGUAAAGCGUUGUGCGAGUGUGUUAGGACGUCUGAAAAGAUUGUUAACAACGGUGACUGUACAUGGGACGAAGAACUAGAAUUUGACAUGAGUAUAGCUGACAUACCACGGAUGGCUCGUUUAUGUUUAGUAGUAUAUGAAGUCUCCAAAACAUCAAAAGGACUAAGAACUAGACGCAUUAAAGAAUCCAAACAAGAAAUGUUUGUAACACCAAUGGACUGGGUCAACACAACUGUGUAUGACUUUAAAAAUCAGCUAAAAAGUGGGUCAAUUACGCUGUAUAUGUGGACAUAUGCUGAUGAUUUGCAAAAUGAAGACUUGUUACACCCGCUUGGUACUGUUGUGUCUAAUCCAAAUGUUGAACAAACAACAGCAUUAACUAUAACUUUUCAUAGUUAUCAACCAGCUGAGCACGUAAUUGUGUAUCCAAGUUUGGAUAAAUUACGAGAGUAUGCUGAUAAAAAAGGGAAAGAUGACUUAAAAGAUCAAGCGGUUGGAGAUUCACAAUCACUAAAAACUUAUUUAGAUCAAAUAAAGACAAUGGCCGAGCGUGGGGAACCUUUAGAUGAAAUGCAUGAACAGGAUCGAAAGAAACUGUGGCGGCAUAGGUAUCAUAUAUUGCAAUCAGUGCCUGGACUUUUAGCUAAACUUUUAGAUUGUGUGGAAUGGGGUAUACGGUGGGAAGUAGCUGAAGCUACCUCAUUGGUCUCCAGGUGGCCUCUUUUAGGACCACAGCAAGCUUUGGAAUUGCUAGACUAUGCUUAUGCUGACCAAGUAGUUCGAAGUUUUGCCGUUAAAUGCUUACAAAUACUAAGUGAUGAAGAUCUUUCAUUGUUUCUUUUACAACUGGUCCAAGCUCUGAAACAUGAAUCUUAUUUAUGCUGUGACUUAGUAGAAUUUUUGCUUACAAGAGCAUUACAAAAUCAAAAAAUUGGCCAUUACUUAUUUUGGCAUCUCAGAUCAGAAAUGCAAGUGGCGUCUGUGUCAGUGCGCUUCGGUUUAAUGUUGGAGGCAUAUUGCCGAGGAUCCAUUGAACACAUGAAAACAUUAAUAAGACAAAUGGAUUUUUUGGAAAAACUGAAAAAGACCACAGAGUUAGUUAGGCAGCGUCGCGACAAAGAAAAAGCUCGGUCUUUUUUACAAGAAUAUUUUCAAGAAGGACAUUGCAUAGAAGCUAUGUCAUCUGUGCAUAGUCCUUUAGAUCCCAGUUAUAAGUGCAAAAGAGUUAGAACUGAAAAGUGUCGCGUGAUGGAUAGUAAAAUGAAACCUUUAUGGAUAGUUUUUGAAAAUGUUGAUUCACAUGGCGAUGACAUUUACGUUAUAUUUAAAAAUGGUGACGAUUUAAGGCAGGAUAUGCUUGCUUUACAGAUGAUACGUAUUAUGGACAAACUAUGGAAAAAUGAAGGGUUGGAUUUGAGGAUGAAUCCAUAUCAAUGUAUAUCGACAGAUAACCGUGUGGGUAUGAUUGAAGUGGUAUUGAAUGCAGAGACCAUAGCUAAUAUUCAAAAAGAAAAAGGAAUGUUUUCAGCAACAUCUGCUUUUAAAAAAGGAUCGUUAUUAGCAUGGUUAAAAGACUACAAUCAAACAGAACAGUCAUUGCAAAAAGCCAUUGAAGAAUUUACCUUUUCAUGUGCUGGCUAUUGUGUGGCAACCUAUGUACUGGGUGUUGCUGAUCGCCAUUCCGACAAUAUUAUGGUCAAAAAAACAGGCCAACUGUUUCACAUUGAUUUUGGUCACAUUCUUGGUCAUUUCAAAGAGAAAUUUGGUUUCCGCCGUGAACGUGUACCAUUUGUGUUGACCCACGACUUUGUGCAUGUUAUUAAUAAAGGCCAGACUAGAAAAGAGGCCCUCGAAUUCCAAAUGUUCCAGAAUUACUGUGAAAAGGCCUUUCUAAUAUUAAGGAGACAUGGCUCAUUAAUACUUUCUCUUUUUGCAAUGAUGAUUUCAACUGGUCUGCCUGAAUUGGGUUCCGAAAAAGAUCUCAAUUAUUUACGUGAGACACUUGUAAUGGACCUAUCAGAAAAUGAUGCUAAAAUGCAUUUCCGAUCCAAGUUUGAAGAAGCAUUAGGCAAUUCGUGGAAGACAUCACUUAAUUGGGCAUCUCAUAAUUUAGCGAAAAACAACAAACAAUGACAAAAGUUUCUAAUUGGCUUGGAGCUGGCCAUACUGCCGUAAUUUCAGUUUGAGCUUAUUAAUACUGUGUUUUCCUAUAUAAUAGUAGACAAAUUGUAUUUAAAUUUUAAAA